CAAAGUGGAGAAAACCAUUGACCUCAUUCUCUGCCAAGGUGAUUGUGGGCAAAGAAAAAACAAAAAGAAAAUCAACAAAGAGAAGAAAUCAGUUAAAACUGCUAUGAACUCCCUGAAUUCCACCUUCUAUCUAAAUACAACUUUUGUGCGUCCCCCGUUUUUUUUUCAUCAAUGGUUUGUUCCUGUGCUGUAAAUAUGCAACCAGGCUGAACAAACUGGAGAAGCCUUUUACCUCAUUUUCUGCUAAGGUGACUGUGGGCAAAGAAAAACAAAAGGCAAGCCACAAAGAGAAGAAAUCAAAAACAUCUGCUAUGAACUCCCUGAAUUCCACCCUCUCUCUAAAUACAACUUUUGUGCGUCCCCCGUUUUUUUUCAUCACCGGUUUUCAUAACAUGCCCCAUGCCAAAUACUACUAUAUUUUCCUGUGCUUUGUUUUUGUGGUCACUGUGUUGGGGAACUCCUUUGUCAUGUUUAUUAUAUACACAGAGCGCAGCUUUCACACCCCAAAGUAUAUGGCCAUUUUUAAUUUGAUUAUAGCUGACUUGGGUGAAAGCACUGCUUUUAUUCCAAAUGUAAUUGCAAUGUUUCUUUUUGAUUCACAAUACAUCUCCUUUGACGCUUGCUUGGCCAACAUGUUUUUUGUGCUUUUAUUUGCCUGUUUACAGUCUCUAACUCUUACUGUUCUCGCCUAUGAUAGAUUGGUGGCAAUAUGCUUGCCAUUGAGAUACCAUGCCAUCAUCACAAUGCAAGCAAUGGUUGUGAUGUUAACAGUGGUGUGGGCAUAUGAUUCAGUUUUAAUGAUUUUAAUGGUGACUUUCAUUACCAGAUUGUCCUUUUGUAAAUCCAUUGUAGUACAAAGCUGCUUUUGUGAACAUGGGCCCGUAUACACAUUGGCAUGCAAUGACAAUUUUAUUAAUCACGUGAUAUCAAGAGUUCACGUGGCAUUAUUGCUGCAUUUACCCUUUAUUUUGACUGUAAUCUCAUAUGUAUUUAUUGCUGGUGCACUGUCUAAAAUAGCUUCAUCAGAAGGGCGAUUUAAAGCCAUUAAGACUUGUUCUGCACACCUAAUGCUGGUGGCUUUAUAUUAUCUUCCAAUAAUGGGAACCCACAUUGCUGGACUAACUUCAACCCUUCAUCUUAAUACCAGGAUAAUGAAUUUGUCCAUUGCAAAUUCCAUUACCCCCAUGAUGAACCCAAUCAUUUAUGUGCUGAACACUGAAGAGAUUAAGGAAUUCUCAAAAAAAAUUUUCAAAAGAAAAAAAAAAAAAACUGCAACAGAAUUAAACAAUCAAAAUAAAGGAACAGAUUUAUAUUAAGAGACGGCUGCUUUUUACCGUAUCACAAACAGCAGUCCAGAGAGUCCAGAUCCAGAGGGGGAAACAGUGGUAAAAAUUCCUUAGCCUCUUUUGAACACAGAAAAUGUUAAAUGUUAAAAUGUUAUUUUGUGGAACCUUACGUUUCAGGGUCAAAGAAGAGCAACAAAAUUGAUUCCUAACAAAGUGUAUGUAAACUUUUGACCCAGGGAAAAUCUUAUAUAGUACAUAAAAGCUGAAAUAAAUCUGUAUCUUAGCUGUUAUUUAUAAAUUACCUCUUAUGGAAAUAAAGUAGAUAACCUAAUUGAUGUAACACAGGAAAUGUAUGGUUACAUGUAGAGUGUAGAGUUGUGAAAAAAUGAGUUUGAAUGUCUUCAGCCUAGGUGAAUGUAAACUUUUGGCCUCAACUGUAUGUGGUCACUGCAUAACUGGGGAGGUAGAAACAGAAAUGCACUUUUUCCUCCAUUGCGAGAAAGUAUCCUUCCUGUGAGAAAUAUUUCAAGAUCAAAUAAUAAAUAUAUUCCCUGAAUUUGUCAAUUUACCAAGGAGUGGUCCCAAAUAGAUCACAUGGGCAUGUUGGAAAAGAAGCAUGCUUCAUAAAGGUGCAAAAGCUGUAUAUUGCUUAUACAAAAUUGCCUGCAAUUGCCAGAACAUUGUACAAAGCACAAGCGCAUGAUUUAGGAUCUUUGAGAGAAGGUUUGACUUUCAAGCAAUCUUCCCAGUAGUGUGUACAUGCUGUUUUAAAUAUGGUAGACAUAUACAGGGCUGUAGCAGUUGUCAAAGAUCUGUGCCGAUGCCCCUUGAUGGAGAGCAGGGUGAUGUUAACAUUAGGGCCGAUCAAUUUCAUUUCCUGUCUUUUGAGGAUUUCAGCAAAUGCAAACAUUUCACGUAAAACAUCGUUUUUUUGUGAUUAAUAAAAAUACAUGGCUACCCAGAGAGCAGCGUAUAUGUGGUCACUGCAUAACACAGGAGGUGGACAUAGAAAUGCACUUUUUCCUCCAUUGCAAGAAAUUUUCCUGCCCGUGGGAAACAUUCUAAGAUCAAAUCAUAAAAAUAUACCUAAACCCUGAAGAAACAUUUAUAAUUGCCAUGGGUGAGAAAAUAACUGCCCCAACUGUGGCAAGAUACGUUAUGAUACGUCAGAUAGCAAGGCAGUCUGAGUAACUAUAAACUACCCCUACAUUUCACUAUUGUUAAAUGUAAAAUGUUAACUCUUGCUCAUUCAUGUAUAUCAAAUC